UAUAAGGAAAACUGUUUUUUUUUAAUUACUCACCAGAGAUGCCUUUGUGUCACUGCAAGAAUUGGAAAAAUUAUAUCAUAGUUUUCUGAUUUAAAUGUUAAAAUGUUCUUUCUUUGAAGAAAAAUGUUUCCUUGAAGAUGUGCCCAUCACACCUAUUAAGAUAUUUCUGCAAGGAAAGGUUUUCUUUUAGUCAUGUUCCAUCCUGAACUUAUUGUAAGAUGUUUAUCUUCUUCUGUAGUGUCAGGGCAAUAACUGAGAAUAUGGCAUCUUGGGUUUUUUUUAGGCACAAAAUAAUGUGUUUCAAAGAAAUUUUUCUAUCUUUAGUGUACAUGUAUGUUGCACCCAAUAAUCUCUUGUGCGAAUGUUGAUCUACCAAGAUACCCUGAAAGAAACAAGUGACAUUGGGUCAAAACUGGGUGCAUUUGACAUUCUUUUGUCACUUGCCAUCACUCUUUUUGAUAACAUAUGUGGCUUUGCCUCCUAUAGGAGGCAUUAGCCACAGAAAAUCAUAUAACUAAUGCACAAUCACAUUGUUUCUACCUUUGACAUGACUUUUUUUAUGGCUUUGUUUAGAGUAAAUCCCAGCACUCAUAUGAUAAAACAGUCUUACUACAUGCAAUUUAUCAAAAUUUAUUUCUAGACCUAGAGCAAUUCUCUUCUUUUUUUACUUUUAUGACUUCUGGUGCUCAUUGAGUUGUUGAAUGCAACUUGAAUUAAUCCUGUAGAUACCCAUGCUGUCAAUGGGAGUGCUCUUGGAUGGGCCAAACGUUACGUAAGAGCUGGGACCAAGAGAAAACACUAAAGCAGAAUCUUCAGAUUCUUGGUUUGGCUUUUGAUGCUAAUUCUGCUGUUCCUAUCCCAAAGUCUAAAACCAAGGGUUGUAAAGAUGAACAAGCAGAAGCCAUGGAAGUAGACCGAAAGGAACCAACAACAGUUGUUAAAGAAUUUGAGCAAAUGGCUGCUAAUGAAAGGAAAGGUGAAAGGCAUAUUUCUCCAGGUGAAGUGCAGUUUCUAUGGCAACUAAUUGGUGAUCAUGGCAACAACUACAAAAGUAUGGCGAGGGACAAAAGGAAUUAUUAUCAACAUACACCAAACCAACUAAAAAGAAAAUGUGAAGCACUCCUAAGAUCAAAACAGAAUUUCAGCGGAUACCUAAAAAAAAAUGGUUGAAAACAUACACCGUAAAUUACGAUGGCUCAGCAAGAACUCUGUUCAAAGAAUGUCUGGAAAGUCGUCAAUUUUAAGUCAACUGCAAAGUUUUCGAGCAGAGUAUCUUCACUUGUCAAGAGCCUGGUAUAAUAUCAACCAAAGUAUUGUGACAGAGUUUGCUUCCUUAGUUUCUCAGUUUAAGAGGUUACCGUUAUAAAGGAAAUUAUAAUUUUGCGUCACGUGACCAAAAAUUUGAUUCCAUGGAAAUUCCUGUUACUCGCUCAAGAUACGGACUUUCGGAGCUGAUAACGGUGAAGCUGUUAGUCGCGAAAGCCACUGGAAGCAAGUGGUGAUGCUCCAAGAGAAGGGAUAUAAUGAAACAUUUAAAAAAAUACAAGGAAACCUCCUCGGGCUCCACUGCUUACAUGUUUGUCGAAUGCCGCCAAAACCAUCGUUAUUUUGUGUUUUACGGGCAACGUUUUUGACAAAAGAAAACCUCCUGUUAUGCAUUGUACCAAAAACGAUCCCUCAUGACUUUGUUGAUAACAGUCCUUAAAUAUCGUUCAGUUGAAACAGUGAAAAACUAUGGGCUGGUUAUUUAAUCGAAGUCUAACGCACGCCGCGGUUUUAGACAAUCAAUGGACCUCGAGAUUCUUGAAAAAGAAUAAGUGAAGUUAAUGCUGCGGUAAAUUUUACAUUGCCAACCAUAAGCCUCCUUGAAAUUGUUUACAAAAAUUAACGUAACGGAUGGGUUUGGAGUAUUCUUGCCCUAAAGCGGUUAACCUUCUUUGAACACCGCCCCUUGAUUCUAUCACUGUUUCAAAUCCAUCAGUUUCGAAUUCAUCAUAUUUAAAGGGUGUUAUUAUAGUUAAAAAAUUUAAUAAGAGUACAUUAAACUGGAUAAUUUCAACCGUUUCUGAUACAGUUGAAUGAAUAGCUUUAAUUUAUUGAAAGUAAAUCGCUGUCUGAACGAA